AUGUUCGGCCGUCGUACACGGACAACCCGCACCACAAAACCAACGCUUAUGACCCGUCUGAAGGGCCCCAACGCGCGACACAAAACCUACAAGACAGAAGUUACCCGUCACGGACACGGCAGUACAACUACCACUGGUGCCACAAGACGUCGUCGCGGAUAUAAUCAUCAUACUACCACUCGCACAGCACCGGCACAUCAUCAUCGUCGGCGGCCGAGUCUUGGGGAUAAGAUUUCGGGAGCUAUGAUGAGGUUGAAGGGGAGUUUGACGGGAAGGCCGGCUGAAAAGGCUGCUGGCACGCGACGCAUGCGUGGUACCGAUGGACGCGGAAGUCGUCGCGCCUAUUAA